AACAACGUUGUACUAUCUCACACGCAGAGAUGUUAAUUUGUUUUUGGUAAAACGAAAACAAUUCAAAUUCUCUUGCAAUGCCAAACACACAUUGUUAGAACAUGCAAGACAGCUCAACGUAAUUGCAUAAUUCAAUUACAAUUCACCGAGGGAAGAACACAAUUCUUGCCAAUUACACUCAAAGAGUUCAAAGCAUAGCUUGUUCUUCUCUUGAAAAUUCUGCUUUUUUCCACCUCCAGCUGAAAAUUCAGAGCUGAAGAUUUGACGAAUCCAAUGAACAAUAUAAACAAUGAAGAACUCAAAGAAGCUGAGAAUUCUAACAGAGAGGACCUUGAAGAGGCUUCCAUUGAGCCUGGGGAUGUGGCUAAGAUAGUUCCAUGGACGAGGCAAAUCACAAUCCGCGGACUAGUAGCUAGUAUAUUGAUUGGAAUUAUUUAUAGUGUGAUAGCAAUGAAGCUGAACCUGACAACUGGAUUAGUCCCCAAUCUUAAUGUUUCAGCUGCACUACUUGGCUUUGUGUUCAUUAGGACCUGGACUAAGAUCCUUUCCAAAGCCAAUAUUGUUUCAACACCUUUCACUAGGCAGGAGAAUACCGUAAUCCAGACAUGUUCAGUGGCGUGCUACACACUUGCAGUUGGAGGUGGUUUUAGUUCCAAUCUCUUGGCCUUGAAUCGGAAGACAUACGAGCUAGCAGGGGUUGAUACAUAUGGAAAUAGUCCUACUAGCAUCAAGGAUCCUGGAUUUGGCUGGAUGUCAUCCUUUCUCUUUGUAACUAGUUUUGUUGGGCUAUUUGCAUUGGUCCCCAUAAGAAAGAUUAUGGUAAUAGACUACAAAUUGACUUAUCCCAGUGGAACAGCUACCGCUGUUCUUAUUAAUGGGUUCCAUACUCCUAAAGGAGAUGCCAUGGCCAAGAGACAGGUUCAUAGUUUCAUGAAGUACUUUUCAUUGAGUUUCCUAUGGGCCUUCUUCCAAUGGUUCUAUGCAGGUGGAGAUCAUUGUGGAUUUGUUCAAUUUCCCACUUUUGGAUUGAAAGCCUGGAAAAACUCAUUUUACUUCGAU